AUGAGCAAUUAAAAAGGAGAAAUACCAGAAUCAAUUCUAAAUGAUUAUUUAUAAAUGGGGCUAAAUGAAUAGCUUCUCAGAUUAGCUUAUAGAAACUGUAAAGGCUAAGUUAAUUCCCUUUUAGAUGAGUAUCAGCACCUAUUAGCCAGCAAUAAUUAGGUAUUAAACGAAUAGCAAAAUAAAAUUAGCAAUUUAACAGAUAAUAUGGAUGAAGAAGUUUAACUGAAUUAAGCUAUCUUAGCUUCUUAACAAGAAGCAAAAGAAAAAAAUAUUAGCUUUGAACCUCUUAAUCCUGAAUAAAGAAUUAGAAAGGAAGGAAUACCAGUUGGCUUGAAGAAUUUAGGAAAUACUUGCUACAUAAAUCCUCUCUUGCAAUCAUAUUUUUAUAACGCUGAAUUCUGCUAUGCCAUCAUUAAUUUCCAAAAACCUAGUGAAGAAGAAAUUUAAAAGCGCCUCAAAAAUGACUCUACUUAAAGUAAUUCAUCUGACGAAUAAUUUUAAAAAGAUAGCACAGAAUAAAACAUACUUUUAAAGAGAGUGAAGGCAUCUGUCGAGUUAGUGUGUGCAUUACAAGAGUUAUAUAUAUUACUAGUAGGAAGUGACAAAAAGUAUAUUGAUCCUUCUAAGGUAAUUAAAAAUAUAGUAGACGAGCAAGGUAAUUAAAUAUAAAUAGGUGAUUAGUAAGACAUAGGUGAAUUCAAUCUUACUUUUUUAGCAAGAAUUGAUGAAGGUCUUAGCUACUCUAAAAAAUCAUUUAAUAAAGGAGCUAUGGAAGAAGAAUUAGUUCACAGUCUAAUGAGAGCUUCUUCUACUAGCAUAUCCUAAGGUGAGUAAGAAUUGUAAAGAAGCAUUUCUAUUUCUAUGUCAGACACUAGUGUAGUUAAUUCAAACUUUUUUGGAAAAGCUUCUAUCCACAUGAGCUAUCCAUUAGGUGAGGAAACUUUUGAAAAAUAAGAAGAGGAGUUGUUUAACAUCAUUUUCUUAGAUAUCAAGCACAAAGAACUUUAUUAUGCUUUAGAUGAAUACGUAGUUAAUCAUAUCGACGAGUUUAAGAAUGACAAAGGUGAUAUAGUUCAAGCUUAAAAAUACAACUGGAUAAAAAGAGCACCUAAGACCCUUUUCUUUUAACUUCAGCGUGUCGUAUUUGAUAAAGAAAAAGGAUGCUUAAAAAAACUAAAUGAUAGUUUCAACUUUGAGAAUUAAAUCUACUUAGAGCGUUUUACUGAAGAAAGAAGCAAGGAUUACUUAAGAAUUCGUGAGUAGGUAAACAAAUUAAUAUAUGAAAAAUAGCAAUAUGAAUUAGCUCUUAACAACAUUAACCAAUACUCAAAUCAUCUUUCAUAGAAUUAAACUAAAUCUAAUGCAAAGCCAGAAGAAAAUAAAGAUCAACAAAGCAACUUAGGACUUCUGAGUGCUUUAGAAAGUACUAUUUUAUUCCUUUAAACUAAUAGCAAAAAGGUUGAUGUCAAUCCAUUAGUAGAUCCUUCAUAUUUUGGAGAUAAUUCCAAAGAAAACCUUUAAAUUGUUAAAGCCCUUGAAUAAUAUACUAGCAAGGUAAAGUAAAGAAUCCAAGAGCUGCAAGAAAAAAUCAGAUAACUAGAAAAUAAGAUUAAUGAGUCAUACAAUGGAUUUAAAAAAGAAAAGUAUUUGCUCUAGAGCGUUAUCAUUCAUGACGGAUAAGCUGAUAGUGGUCAUUACUACGCAUUCAUUAAAGAUCACUCUACCAAGAAGUGGUGGCGUUAUAAUGAUAUACAAGUAAGUGAGGAAACAGAAGAAAAUGUUUUCAAAGAAGCUCUAGGAGGAUGGGGUAAGGCCAGUGCAUACAGUUUAAUCUAUGUGAAAGAGGAAGUUGCUAUUCCACCUUAAGCAAAAGAAAAACCUAUUCGCUUGCAUUUAGCUUCAAAUACAGUCAAUUAACUGUCAGCAUCUUAGGUUAGAACAGUAGAUUACUAUACUUCUAUUAUUCCUGAAGAUCUUUUGAAUAAUUUGUGUGUAGAAAACUUGAAAUUCUAAGAAGAAAUUGAAGAGUAUAAAGCAAGCAAUACUUCUCGUUAGAUUAUAGAUAUGUAUACUCGCCGUUUCGAGCUUAACAAUGAAUGUGCUCGCAAAGGAGACGAAGCCCGUAAGAAAGUUAAAGGCUCUCCACCUCCAUUCAUCUAAUUCUGCGUCUAUCUAAAGCUACAUCCUAAAAAUGACAAGGGCUAAUUUGAUGAUCUGAUAAAAUGGCUUAUUCUUGAUAGUUGUGUCAGAGAACACUACAAAAAUGCCUAACACUUAAAUAAUUUAAGUGACAAAAAGCUAGAAGAUAAGCUUAAAUAAUAAAUAGCCUCUCUUGGUAAUUUCAAGGCACCUAAAAGUAUAAAAAUAUCUGCAGAAAAUUCUGACACAAUAGAAUAAAUCAAUUCUGAAUUUAUCAAGUAGCUUAAUAAUGCAGAAGCUACUAUAUUCGCAAUGUAAGCUGCUUUGAAGUUUGAUUGGAUAUCAUCGCUAGCAGCUUUUGAUUAUUUAAUUGAUCUUAACUUUUUCUCUGACUAAAAUAAGUAGGCUUAAUUCAAAGAUGAUUAUUUCUUUAAGAUUUCUCGUGAUACUAAGCUAAUCAUUCUUAUAGCUAUGCUCCAUUACUAUGAACUUAAGGUACCUUUUUGCACUAAAGAAGAUAGCCAAGAGAUUUUGAAUGGAAUUUAAGUAUUUAUUGGAUUCUACAAAAAAUAAAAUAAGCCAGAUCAGAAGACCUAAGUUACAUUUAGUCUUUGGAUAGAUGACAUCUCUCAAUUAGCCAGUGACCAAAAUUUGCAACAAGAAAUCAAAAAAAUUAACUCUGAAUACAUGUCUGCUAGUAACAACAACCGUUAUAUUUAAGGUGAAGAACCAUUAAAGAAUAUACCUACUGAACUUAAAGAGCGUUUAGAAAAACUUACAUCAGAGGGUGAUAUGUAUUAUUGGAAUGCAAAUAAAAAGGAAGACUAUUUGUUUAAUGAAUUAAUUUCAAACUUUGAUAAAAUAAAAGCUCAUUUUGAUACCUACAUCAAAUUUAUUUAAAAAAUCCGUGCCUCCUAAACCCCAUUAUUCAAGCAAGACAGACUCUUCAGUACUAAUGUCUAAUCAUACAACAUAAAAUGA